CGGGUUUAAGCGACCGCCACAACGACAACAAAGGCGGAGGGUUUGAGUUUCUAAAUAUUUUUCUUCCAUUUCCUGGGACGCUUUUGAAGGAUUUGUUUAAUCCGCCCAGAAAUCUUGAGCUGCUGUUUCUUCUUUCUCUGAGAUAACCCUAAGAUGAAUAAUGAAGAGCGAUCGUCUAGCCCCACGGAGGAUAAGGAAGAAAUGCCUGCUAAUGAAUUGCCAGAUUCGACCAGCACCUCCAAGCCGGGGAGUUAUAAAAUUGUGCUCGUAGGGGAUGGGGGCACAGGAAAAUCCAGUUAUGUAGCCAGGCUCAAUUGUGAGGGGUUUCUGAAAGAGUAUGUUGCCACGCUUGGGGUAGAGAAAAGCGAGAUACUUGUAGACACUUCACAUGGUGAGAGCACCAUUGUUUUGUGGGACACUGCGGGCCAGGAGAAGUUGGGUCCUCUGCGCGAUGGGUAUUACAGUGGGGCUGAUGCUGCCAUUAUAUUUUUUGAUGUCACAUCGCGAGUAACGUAUAAAAAUGUUCCCAGCUGGCACAAGGACAUUAACAGGGUACAGCCCGACAUCCCUGUGGUCUUGUGUGCGAAUAAGAUUGAUGUUAAAGAAAGGAAGGUGAAGAGCAAGAGUAUCACGUACCCCUCCAAGCACAAGAUUGGGUUUUAUGAGAUCAGUGUGAAAGAGAGAUCCUGUUUGAAGAAACCAUUAGAAUAUCUUUUACAGCAGCUCACCAAAGAACCAGAACUUUUUGUUAAGGAGUCAUUAGAUGCCAAGAUAUUUGGGGAUAUGAACUGCAUACAACUUGGUAGUGUUUAGCAUGAAAAUAUAUGUCUAGUUUGUUUUAUCUUAGAAAUUUUAGAUAUAUAUUAUAUGUAUUUUAGACCAAAUGUGGAUCUGACCAUUUUCUGAACUGACAAAAGUUCAUGAUUUCAGACUUGCUAUUCUUGGACAAUAAUAAUGUUUUUGUUAACUAUCUGCAUGAAUUUUAAGGAAUUAAGCUUUGUAAAGAAGAGCAGUAGUAGUUCAUAGUCUGUUUUGGGAAGAAGUUUUGUUUUUAAAAUUGUCUGUUCCACUACAUGAAAAAAACAAUAAAUUUCACACAGGAAUUGUGUUUGCUUAGAUCCCAUUAGCCUCAGCACCAAGGGAAAUGGAUACAUUGUAGUACAUUUCUAUGAGAAAGUCUAAAUCUACCAAAAACUGGUAUUUACAACAUAAAGUCUGUAUAUACCACUACCUACUUUGCAUUACUUUUCCAGUUCAACUGUGUAUAGCAACAGGACGAUAAUAUUAACAAGGGCUUAAUUCUAAAAUCAUUUGACUUCGUGCAUGCAUUGCUUUACUGCUAACUGAUAAAUAUAUACUUAAUCUGUGAAUAAUGAUUUAACACCAGAUAAUUAGGUAAGAGGGAAUCUGACAUCACAUCUA